AGGUACCUCAGGCUCAAUGGCGACUGUGGAAGCAAGUGGCAGCGAUGGGAAAGGGCGAGGGGUCGAGACCUGCGUCACGUAUUACCGAUUGGAGGAGGUGGAGAAACGCAACUCCCCGAAGGAGAUUUGGCUGGUGAUUCACGGGCGAGUCUACGAUGUCACCCGCUUCCUUAACGAGCAUCCUGGUGGAGAAGAGGUUCUGCUGGAACAAGCUGGUGGAGAUGCAACUGAAAGUUUUGAAGAUGUAGGCCACUCCUCUGAUGCCAGAGAAAUGCUCAAACAGUACUAUAUUGGUGAUGUGCAUCCGAAUGACCUUAAACCCGGAAGUGAUGGCAAGGACCCUCCGAAAAAUAAUACGUGCAGAAGCUACUGGUCGUAUUGGAUCUUCCCCAUCGUAGGUGCUAUUCUCUUAGGUUUUCUGUAUCGUUACUACAUGGCGGAGAGCAAGUCCUCCUGAGGAGACCUUGUUGAAGUCUGGAAAGCACAUCUACUUGGGAGUGAGAACUAGACGCUUGUUUGGAGGCUGCAGCGGUGCCCUCUUCUCGAAUCCUGCCAAUUGUAUUCUUCUCCCUCGGACCCCAGACUGUUGGCCGGACAUCCGCCUCAGCCCUGGGGCCAGUGUCCAAGUCAUUUCUCAGAGCCUUACUCUCAAAGCACCUGCUCAUUGUGUCCUUGCCUUUGUUUCCUCUCUUUACUCUUUUCCACGAGCACCUUUAUGUUUCAAAACUUUCUUUUAUAAUUAUAGUCUACGUAUCCUAGUGACAUUGCCCUUUGGUAAAAUUGCCUGCUUUCCAAUACUUUGAAUGCACAUUAGACAUACUUAACAGGGCGUCACACUCUGGUUUUGAAGCUUUUCUUUUUCCCUUUUUCUUCUAAGUAAAUAUUAUUUU